UUUAGUUUUACGCCGACGGCACGCGCACCGUCAGCGCUGAUGGCCGAGAUAUAUGGACUUCUAGGAAGCGUUUUUAAAUGAUGCGUACCUAUCAGCGCGCACAGUGGUCAGCGCUGAUAGCUACGCGGCCGUACGCGUCGCGCGUCGGCCCCGCGUAGCUGUCGGCGCUGACGAUCGCCCGAGCGCCUCUGCUUUCAGUGAGCGUUCUAGCGUCGAGCGGAGCGGACGUCGUCAGCGCGUACAGUCAUGGCGAAUCGCGAAGUGGAUACAAGUCGAGUUAUCGAUGAGGUACGCCUGAGGAAGAAAUUUUGGGAUGCAUCCGAUCCACUCUACAAAAAUAAAGAUGCAAGAAACAAAUCCUGGGAGGAUAUUGCGGACACAUUGUUCGAAAAUAUUUCAGGAGAAGAAAAACAACAACUUGGCAAACUAGUCCAACAAAGAUGGAAAACAGCCCGUGAUGCGUUUUUUAGAACAAAGAACGCAAUGAAAAAAACGCCUUCUGGAAGUGCUGCACCAAAAUACAAAAAGUACAUUUAUUAUGACGAAUUAAGCUUCCUAGCUCCAACAGUUGAGAAUGAAGUUGAUGAAUCACUCAAUGAAACCAUACCCUCCCCUUCCCUUCCCUCACCCUUAGCAAAUAUAGAUAACACAUUGGAUAGUAUGGUAUCUUCAGAACACUCUCAAGAUUCUGAUAUAUUCACGCAGCAAGUUUUUUCAAACACUCAGCAGGGUGAGCAGAAUGACCGUGGUGUUGAUUCACCAUCAUCACAAAACCUUGGCUGGAAAAGAGAAAAGAAGGGCCCCGAAAACAAAUCCAGAAAGUUCUCCUUUUGA